ACUGGCAGCAGAGCGGCCAUUUUGGAGAUUGUUUCAUCCACAAAAAAGUUAUGCACCGAAUCUAAAAAAAAGAACGUUCGCUGUUAGUUAAACAUAAAAUCCGCUCGUGCAUAUUGAAGCGUUGUUGUGCUGGCCGAUCCGAUGUGAAGAUAAUGCUGGGCCCGAGCAGACCGACAGUUCCGAUUCUAUAACGACUAAAAUUACCAGCCAUCAGCAGUAGAAGAGCCCAAGCCAAACAUGGAUCCCAAUUCCAGUCCCUGGUCAUACGCCUACAACCGCAUCGUGCCCGCCAGUGCCGGAAGCUCCGGCGGAACAGCAGAGGACUUCCAGCAUCCACACCUGGCCACCAUUACGGCAGCAAGCAUCGCCAGCUUUAAUGCGGCGGCCGCCAGUGGUGGCAGCUUUGUGCCUCCGUCACCGAUUGGCAGCUACAACCCAGUAUUCCAGCAGAUCUACCACCAUGCGGCGGCGGCCAGUGUCCAGCCUAAGCCCGCCCACUAUGCCUCGUCAGCGGUGAGCACGCCGCACCGCCAGCUGCAGCUGCCCAGUUCGCUGGACAAGCAGCUCAGUUCGUUCCAGAACCAGGCGGCCGUGUCGGCGGCAGCGGCUGCUGUAGUCAACAAUGUUGCCUCGAACUAUUACGGGGAGAACUCCUCGUCGAGUGGAGCCUCACCAUCGCCCACAACGGUGGCCCUGACGUCGACGUCGCUGACCUGGAACACGCCGAACAUGAUAUCGAACACCUUCCUGGCCAUGCAACAGCAGCAGGCACAGCAGCAACAGCAGCAGGCACAACAGCAGCAACAACAGGCCCAACAGCAACAGCAGCAGGCGCAACAGCAACAGCUAAACCUGGUGGCCGACAAAGUGAUUAAGCAGGAAAAGCAAUUAAAAGCCUACAACGACUCGAUUUACCUGAUCCAACUGCAACAGCAGCAGCAGCAACAACAGACAGCGGCGCAGCAGCAACAGCAGCAGCUCCACCAGCAACUGCAACAGGAGAUCGCCGAGGCAGACACAGAACCGGACACCUAUUACACCAUUGAUGGCCGGAAGGUCAAGGUGACGCGGAAGGAUGGCCAGCCGUAUCGGGCAACGAUAGUAGACCAACAGGAUGCCAGUCCGGUGCCGCUGGCAGUGCCAGUUCCGGCGGGAUCCUAUCCGGUGCAAUAUGCCAGUCCGGCGCUAAGCUCCGCAGAUGGAUCGCCCAUCACGAAUUUACAUGCGGUGGACGUGGUCAGCACACCGCAGGCCCAGGUGAUCGUCUACAAGACGGCAUCCCCUGUGCAAAGGCGGCAAGAAGCGGGCGCUGGAUCGUCUGCUGCUGCCACACCCACCACGGUGGCCUACUCAUCUGUGAUACAAAGCACCCUGCAGCAACAGCAGCAGCAGCAGAACCUCUGCUGGACGAAGCUGGAGGACAAUGGAGCGGGGCAGGAGGACAUUAAGAACGUGCUGCAGCUGCAGGUGAAACAGGAACAUCGGCAGCUCGAUUUUGCCAGUGAGGCAUCCUCAGUGGACGCCGGUGGUGGUGGCGAAAAUCUAGUUUUCAACCUACCGCCCGGGCUGGAGAUCAAGCAAACCUUCUAUCCCGCGAGCGUGGUCGAUGGGGAGCAACUGCAGCUGCAGGAGCACAAUCAAAACCAAUCCCAGUCCUCCGGUCGGCGCCAGCACGUGGUGGCCAACAUGAUCAUGUCGCCGUCGGCGGGCAACUUAGCGUCACAGAUUCAAGUAGUGCCAAAGGAGGAGGUGAAGCCGCCGCCGAAACCAGCGAAGACUCCGCGCAAGCGCCAACCGAAGAAAACGCUUAUCCCCAGUAGCAGCGACUACGGCAAUGUGCGCAGUCCCCAGGAGCCGCAGCAUCAUCAGUUGCAGCAGCAACAGCAACAACAACAGCAGCACAAUCAGCAACAGCAGCAACAGAACACGUACUACGACUUCAACAGCAAGUGGAAUGCUCCGCUCAAGACGGAAAACAAUGCGGCGUCCGUUUCGCCGGCGGCCACAAUAAACAUACCCACAUAUCCUCAGCAGAGCCAACAGCAGCAGCACCAGCAGCAGCAAGCGCAGCAGCAGCAGCAGCAGCACUUGCCACAGCCGGCACACCUGCAGUCCUCGCAGGCCCAGUCACACUUGACCCAGUUGGCGCAAUACUAUCCAGCCUUCCCUCAGCCCAUUGCCUCUCAGUACACUGCCUGUAUGCAGCAACAGCAACAACAGCAGCAGCAACAACAACAACAGCAGCAACAGCAGGCAGCCUAUACGCAGCAGCAACACCAGCAGGCCUACACACAGCAACAGCAGCAGCAGGCGCAGCAGCAGCGUCAGGAGAAGAGUGAAGCCACUCAACAGCAAGAGGAGGAGGCGAACGCGGCUGCAGCGGCGGCAGCAGCAGCAGCGGCCAGCAACAAGGUCAUCGUGCCUAACAUCGAAGAGGAACUGGAUUUUUUGGCGGAUGCCACAGCAACACCGAAGCAGGGCUAUGCCAACUCACUGUCCAGCAACGGGCGCGGGACCAACUCCUCCACAAAUAACACGAACUUUGGCAUACGUAAUCCGAACAAGACUCCUUCCCCGGAGCCAACGAACUGUCCACCCAACUCGCAUGCCUCCAACAAUGGGCAUGGUCAUUCGGCGGUGACGCCCGUGGCGCCUUCAAGCACCGGAGCCAGUGCAUCCACGGCGUACAGUCCUGUUGCUCCCAAGCCUGUGAGCGUGGGCACGCUAAUUGGGGAGAAGAAGACUCAGUUUAUGGACAGCUAUCUGAAGUUUCUGCAGGGCGAGCGGGACGAUGAUCCGCCGCCGGUAGUGAAGCCAUCGCGGAAGUUAAAUUACCCACGAGCUCCGUACAAGCGGAAAGGCAAGGGUUCUGGGAGCGGAGAUGAACCCACAACCUCACAGGCCACACAGUCAGCGGGGGACGCCGUCCAGGCAGUUGAUGGACUGGCAGGACUCGUCGGUGAUGAUGGGCAUCGUAUCAAAAUACUCUCGCAGACGCAAAUACUCCCCAAGAAGCGUCCGCACGCCCAAAUGGUGGCUGCUGCAGCCGCGGCGGAGUCGGCACCUUCGUCGUCGGUGAUCCAGCAGCCCGGGGAUCAAACCUCCUUCCGGCCAUACGCCCAGCAGCAGCAACAGGCGCAACAGCAGCAGCAGCAAUCGAUGAGCGGACAGCACUUUGUGCAGCAGCAUUGCGCCCAACUGACAGCUGGAGCGGGUCAAGACCCCUUGAGUGUGCCGCCGCGACGGGAGCAAUGCUCCCGCAAGGCCAAGCAGAGCAGCAUGCAUGCCAUGCUCAUGAAUUCCAGUUCUGUUGUCGGCGAUGGUGGAGUAGUUGGCGAGCCGGAUGAGUUCACCGACUCUGACACGGAUCCUGUAUGGACUCCGCAGGAGGAAGACAGCGAUGAUGGAAAGGGCUAUGGGAAACGAAAGUUGGCUCGCCGGUCGAAGGGCACUCCUCGCAAGAACACCUAUGACCAUUCCUCAGGCCUGCAACAACAGCCACAACAGCAGCAGCAACACCACCAGCAACUGCAGCAGAUGCAGGUCAACCAGCAACAUCACCAGCAGCAGCAACAGGUGCAGCAAAUGGCGGGUGGCGAAUCAACCUACAAUUCGCAACAGAAUAUGUCCGGAGUGGCGGAUGUGGGAUAUGCCAGCGCAUCAUCGGGCCCAGCUGCCAACUCGGAGAACUUUAAAACGGGCGACUUCAUAGUUUUGCGAUCGGAUCUCGUGAACGAUUGGCCCACCAUUUGGCAGGUGGACUCAAAGUGCAUUUUGCAAAAGUACGAGCCAUUCCGCCAAAACGGAAAGACCUUCUAUCGCAACAUGUCGAAGUACGCCUCUUGGAAUCUCGAAACUAAGAAACUCUACCUCAAAGCACCGGUGCGCAUUCAACUGCAUUCACACACCGAAACGAUUGUUGAGUUCAUGCGAUCAGAGUUGCUGGCCGACGAUACGGAGCAGUUUAUUGAAAAGAUCAUGGAGGACUACCUGUCCUACAGGGAUAAUUUUGAGAUCUAUAUUCAGACUAUGAUCUCCCAGGCCCUCGAUCCAAGCUUCUUCUCGGAAAUAACGCGGGAAAAGGACGACUACUUUUUGGGCAGUGUUCGCGUGGUAGACAAUAUCAUGGAAAACUGCAAGCGUAAGCUGCUGGCCAUCACUCCUUGGACACGGAGUACGAUCUCCUCCAUCGAGACGUGGCCCAAGUGCCAUGUGUUCUCCGAAUGGGAACAAAACAAUCUUACCCAGAAAAAUUGCGCCGGUUGCCACCAGCCAGGCAUCGCUGUGCGCUUCCUCCUCUUCGGGGAGCCGUACAAUCCGAACACCAUGCAGACUAUUCCCGUUGAUCCGCGAAUCGUCUAUGAAAAGGAUAUUGUUCUAUGCCGCAUCUGUGCCGCUCGUGCAGAUCUCUUCCACAAGAUUGCACACGAAAAGUUCAAUCUGUUCAUAAACUGCUCGCAGCGAGUAACCGAGCAGCAGCAACAGUUCCCAGGAAAGACGUCAACAGAAAUAUUGAAUGAUCUGCUGGCCGAACACAACUGGAUCGACGAGCUCUUCCGCAACAUGCGCAACUGCUGGGCCGAGGUGGAGAGUCUGGAGAGGCAGAAGCGCUUCCGGGAGGUCAUGCAGUAAAAGCCAUUGUUACCAGGACCCAUUAUCAGUAUCAGGAGGUCUCCUGAUUGCGUAUCCAAGUGCUGGACAUUAGGACAUUAAACGCCAAGCCCCACGUAAUGCUGCAAUAAACUCAAUGAGUUGUUAUUUUAUUAUAUACCAGAAGACACGCAACAGCUUAGUUUUAGUGCAAGACACAUAUUGUACUGUGUAGGCCUUUAGUUUAAGAUAGAGUCUAUAGUCUUGGACAAUGCAAGUGCAUGCCAUGUAAAUAGCUAUACAGAUAGCUAUAGCCGCGCAUUAUAUCGUACAUAUAUAUAUAUAUAUAUAUAUCGAACUUAAAGUACUAAAUAAUAGAGUAGUACUAACCUCAUCAAGACGAAGGAAUAAUAUUUCUGUUGCGUUGAAAUUGGUUAAGCAUUCUGUUUUGCUAAAUUUCAAAUUAAGAUUUAUUUGGUAGCAUUUCUUAAGAAGAUAAUUUACCUUAAACACCCGCAAACAAUCAAAUUGUGUUUUUCUACCGACGUGGUAAGGAAAACAUUAUCAGCAUCAACACUAUACAUACUUACUAAUUGUACAUACUUAGUUUAAACUCUAGUUACACAAUCCAGUUGCAGACAUUUAGUUAACUUUAUUUGUUAUGCGGAUUUUAAUUUAAGUUGUGAAUUUUUAGAAUCUUAGAGUUCCCUGAAUAAAUAUGAAAGAAUCACAUAUGU